AUGGAUCCCUCUUCGCCCGCACCGAACAACCCGAACGAUUUGGCGGCGAAGGAAAUCACAAUUGUGAUUCGGCUGUCGUCCGAUGAUGUUAUUUUUGAAACAGAUGAUGUCUCUGCUGUCACACUGGCAGAUUUACGCCAUGCUGUCCGGUCCAAUCGUGGCGGGACAACUCUGAAUAGAAGGCUACGGUUUAUUUAUAACGGCCAUGUUCUGAAAAACACCACGAAUAUCGCCCGCGAGGUCGUCGGAACCAGAGACCGCGUCUAUGUGCACUGCGCUAUAGGCCCUAUAAUGUCGUCUGCAGAGAUCGAACGAGGCGAAGACACUGACGCAGAACCACCCACCCCACAGCGCACUGCCGAGCCUGAAUUGCGAGGAUUCGAUCGAUUGAGGUCCACGGGGUUCUCAGAAGAAGACAUCGCCAACCUCAGACAGCAGUUUGGUGAGCUUUACGGCACAGAUGGCGGCGUUGAACUCGAAGACCAAUGGAUCGACGAUGAUGCUGCUAAUGCCCCUUUUGCUGUCGAAUACGUCCGUGACAUGCUGGCUGUUUUGGCUGGCGCGUUCUUGGGUGUCUUCGUGCUCGUGCUUGUAAAGCUGAAUGUCUUGAACAGGAGACAAAUGAUGGUAGUCGGUGCUGGCGCUGUUAUCAACAUUGUCUUUUCGGUUUUACAAAUGUUUUCAUAG